AUGCUCAUUCGUCAGACAUGGUAUCGGGUCUGCAUGUGUGCGGUUUUGAAUCUGCUGGGUCUGUGCUUGUUUUUCUCAGCCUUACCCACAGCCGCUCAAGCUGUGGCGGGAUACCAACAUCCCGCGCAGUUGGAGAGCGGGCUCUCAGCAAGGUCACCCUUACCAAAGCUGUCCCUGCGAGACGCAAUUCCCAAAUCUCCACCAUGGGUAUACCCGUCUGACCUGGGAGAUCCGCCGGCCUGCCUCAGUCAUGGUCCUGGCUGCCCCUUCGAUCCAAACUACAUGACUUCAUGUUCGGCAGAAAAGUGUACCGCGACUUUCAUCGGUUCUUGUGUGCAGACAGACACGUUGAUCAAUAAGGACUGCAUCUGCAAAAAUCUCUUCUCCUCAACUUGUUCCUCGCAGUGCUCUGGCGUGAGAGAUCACGCGAGUUACCUCUACUGGUUAAAUGCCACUUGUGGUGAUCUGGACGACUGGGAUGGACUUCCAAAGAACUGGACAAAUGGACUGCUGAAGCCCUCCUUUCUCUUUGUUGGCUCGUGGGACAGCGGAGAAGGCUUCUGGGGCCUGGACAAUGUCUACCCCUGUUUCGCAUCAGCGGAGUGCUGGUACUCGGACAAUUAUGUGAGGCCGUGGGCUGUGAAUUCAACGUGUGCUGGCUUUGAGGCGUCGAUCUGGGAACCCAACCUUUAUACAGCUGUAGAGGCUGCGGCGUUCUUUCCUGAUGCACCGGGCAAAGGAUAUUCACCUUCUUACGUCUCGUCGGAGCCCUACGAUCCGAAGCAAGACGACAGCAUAUUCAUUGAUCGGAAUGGCUUCUGCAAAGAAGCAUACAAUGCAAGCCACGAUGACUGUUCCGCCGCAGGACGAACAAGUCUCCUUCUCUGGGCCAGCGCCAUCUGCCAUCCUUCAGGGACCUAUGGAUGGCCGGUGAAUUGGAGAGACAGUCUGCUUAUCUACAAUGCAACGCUUGUCAACAGCAGCACCUUGGUACCCCCCAUCUCGCCCGGACCUAACCACUGUUCCGGUACAGUGAACAGCACGAUACGUGACUGUACCUUUAGCGCGUGUACAGUCAGCGAAAACAACUGUACUGGUGUCGGGAACGCUGUGGAUAAGAGAUGUCUCUGCCAGAGCGUAGGCCUUCUGGACCAAUGCAAUGCGACAGCGAUUGAAAAGACCGAAUUAGAUCUCUGGCUCAACAAGACUUGUCAUGGCAUACCAGACUUUGUGGGAUUGCCCAACAACUGGGAAGAUGGUCUUAUGGUGAUGAACGCCAGCUACCAGGACCAACAGAACUUCAGUUGGCCCUCAUGCCUCAACGCACACAGUUGUUUCGACGUCUUGAGUGGCACGCAACAGAAAUGUAGCAUGUCUCUUUGUGACUUGGACCCUAGCGGAGGCAACUGCUCGUCCACCACGGUUGGAUUCAAGGCUUCCUGUUUUUGCCGCCCUGUGACUUAUGAGACCACCUGCACCGAAAAUUGCAAGCUGUCUUGGGAACGGGAAGGAUAUCUCAGAUGGAUGAACUCGACCUGCAGCCCAGUCGCUGGUUGGGACGGCUUACCUCGUAAUUGGACCAAACUUCUUUAUGUUCAGAAUGAUGAAUUACUACCCUGGAGCUGGCGCAUUCAGAUAGCGCCGGACAAGUCAUUCAACACCACCAGCACAGGCUCGGAUCCCCCGCAAGAAUGCCCUUCGACCGUAAGCAGUCUGGUGGCAUUCGCGGCUGUGAAUGCUGCCAUGGCCUUGUUGGUACCGAUCUUUGGCCGACGCGACGUCAUGAAGAAGCUGACGUUCCGUCAAUGCGGCCAUCGAGGCUCGCGCAUGUGGCUACUGACGGGCCCAGCCGCCGUGAUACUUCACGUGGCAAGCAAUGUCGUUGGGGCGUACAUCAUCAAAUCCACGCCAGGGUAUGGCGGCGUGAAUGUUGGGGAACUUGUCCUGUUGUGGUGUACCCGGCCGAGAAUUUCCUGGAUGAUUAUCGCCCUCAUCCCCUGGCAGGCCGAAGAUGCCAUCUACUUUUCGGUGGCGAGCUCCACUCUCCUGGCCGAAGUCAUCCUCCAGUUACUAGGAGCAUACUACAUGGGAGUGGCGACGAACUACGCACGUGUGCAGAAGUUCUACACGGUCGGUCGACUCCAGCACGCUUCCCGCGGGAAAGACGCGGCAGUCAUGUAUGCCGGAUCUAUCAUGUGGCUCAGCGUCAUGUUCAUCGCGGUCGCGACAUGUCUCUGGUCCAUGCUGGGCAUCAGCAAUUAUGUUGCGGUCCUUGCUUUUACGAUUAGGGGUUUCAACAGAAAAGCAAAGAGAUCGCGGGAACUUGCGAACGCUAGGGCAACAAAGCUUACGUCUCUCAGAACAGCUCACGACGCCUGGACUCCCGCUGUGGCCGACUUGGAAAGGGAAAAGCAGGCUCUGGGGGACGUUUACCCGCACGCUAUCAGGGCCUUCCAAGCCCUGGCGAGGGGCUGGCAGGCUUUGCAGACAUAUGUAACUGAUGACACGAACAGGCUGAUCAUUGCCUCCAAAGCGAUCCGCCAGAACAAGAAAAAGCGGCCCUCGGACGGUGCCGAUGCCGAAGAGGAGUACGCUGACGCCUACUACGUCUGGAUCGAAACACCGAGCAAGCAACUUUCUGAUUUGGCAACCUUUGGAGAGGCCGCCGCUGAGUUGUAUUCCGAAGCACAGCAGCACAGAAAUGCCUUGAUGAGACAGAGCGAGUCCACCGCCGCCGAAAACAGCAUGCUGAGAGUCCGCUUGGCCACCACGCACAGAAAGGUGCAGACCAUCCAAUCCCUGAUCCGGGCAUACCAGAAGCGGCGUCAGCAGCUGGCUGCGGUCCAACCCUCCAUAUCCGAGCAAAGUUUUGUGAGAGGGCGCCUCCGGGACCUGGAGAAUCGGUUUCAGAAAAACCGCCAAGGCUGGCGGCUUUCACACCAAUAUCAGCUGGAUCACCUGCGCCAAAUAUUCGAUUCACUGACUCGCAGAAUUAGCCUCAAGGCUCAGUUACGAGAUCUAAGGGGCCCUGGGGACGCAUUCAGAGACCAGAACACCCUCACCGGUCUCGAGACCUUGAUACGCACCGGUGAGACGAAGUCGCAGUGCGAGAGACACGCUCUAGAAGCAUGGCGCGGCUUGUGCACAAGCUGGGUGCAAAUUGGGGCAGAGCACGCGCGGCUGAUCAAGAUAUGGUCGGGACUGGAGAAGAAACGACGGAAAGAGGACGAGGAGCGCCAAAGGGGCAACAGUGCAUUGUUGAAGAAGAUUGCACUGCGGUCGAUUGUAGGCAUGUUUGGGUGCUGGGCCGCGCAGUGGGUGUGGUGGGUGGGAUAUGUUCGAGCAUCUGGAGAUGACUACUGUCCGCCGAAACUGAGCCAGAUCGCCACCGUGUGGACAGUCUUCUCGACGAUCGGCGUCAUGUUGGGCGGUUCGCUCUAG